CCGCGCAGGAACAAUCGGGAUAGUGACAGCCAGGUGCGGUUUGUACGGAUGAACCAACGUCGGGGCUCUCAGGUCGUCCUAGGCGUCAGGACUAUAUCGCGCUGGCGAGAUCACUGAUCCGUGCAGGAUCGGGAUUUCAAAUGAUGCCAAAGAGCUGUACGCCGGAGAACGGUAGUUUCGACAGCAUGACGUCGAAUGGGUAUGAAAAUAAACACACCAACAUCAUACGGUCAGAGGUAGGACCGAGGUCGGGCGUCAGCUUGGGGUUUCCUUGUGCGACUCGCGCUCUUCUCCUUUCCUCGAUUGAAAAUGUCAUCGCUCUGUCUAAUCUGCAGAGGAGCCCCUUCUAGAGCAGAGCAGCAUAACUGCCUGAGGGAGAACAUCGAUCCUCGUCGAGAACGAUAUAUCACCGCCACCAGUCAUCCAGUCAACAGUACACGCAAAAGCCGUCACCUUGUUACUUACGCGAUGCGGUCUUCUUCCUCGGUCCGCGUCUUAACAACCGUUGAGUCAACCUCAAGCCUCGAGUCCGUCUGCUACCACGCGACCAUGGUUCAUUUCGCCGAACUGAGACCAGACAUUCAAAGUUGACUGCGCUGAGGUACAGACGCACGCACUGAAUUAACCAAGCCCGGAUUGCAACCAUACAUGAACCAGAUCGACCACAUCACCGUUGAAACAAAGUGGCAUUAGG